AUGGUUACUGUUAUUCUUAAGAUCUGCAUUUCACGUGCAGUUAACAUCAGUUACACAACGGAUUUGACGUUUGUACUACCGUCUGGUGAUUUGGGUAAGAAAGUCACCAGCAUGCCGUUCUAUGCCGUGCUCAUAGUUAUACAAAGUAUUCAAAUAACCUUAAUAUCCGAAUCGGAAUCUAUCAUGGAUUGUUUCUACACCAACGUCACGCUACACCUCACCGGUCAGCUCGAGAUAUUGAAAAUAAGAAUCAAAGAUUUUGCGAGCAAGCCGGACACCGUCGCAAAUUAUCGGAAGCAAUUCGCCAAGUUGAUCGACAGGCACUGCGAGUUAAUGGAGCUCAAUCACAACUUAGAAAAGACGUUCAACUUGAUCAUACUGUAUCAACUCCUUAUAGUGACUCUUUUGCUCGCGCUAUUAGGAUUACGGAUAUUAAUCUGCAUAAAGAACCAUGAAUAUGUCACAUUAGCAAAAAGCUCUCUAGCCUUGAGCUACGUAUUUACGGAGUCUCUGGUAUAUUGCUAUUGUGGUGACUUCGUACAGAACGAGAGCGAAGAAUUAUUCCACGCAUUGUAUCAUACUUCCUGGUUCACGCUUCCUACCUCGUUGAUGAAGGACUUGAGCUUUGCGAUGAUGAAGUCAAGCUACGCAUUUCAUCUCAGUGGGGGAAAGUUUUUCAGCGCUAAUCGACAAGCGAUGUUCAAUGUUAUCAAGACAGCAGCCUCGUACAUAUCGGUUUUACGAGUGACGUUAGAGGAAUAA